AUGAUGAUAAAUAUCUUACCUGUGGUAGAUGAAGUUUUGAACAGUUUGUUUGGAAAAUGAGUUUAAUUCUGACAGAACUGACUAAUCUGAGCACAACCAGGACCAACAUGAAGUUUUAUUAAAAACGUUAUAUUCAGUUGAGUUCAGACUAGCCAUUAGCUCAUCAGUCUUUAGAACUACAGAUCCACAUCAGGUAAGAUAUUUAUCAUCAUAGCUUUUCUAUAAAACCCCAAUUCAAAGUGGCUGACAUGUUUAUAAAUUAGUUUUGUUUGAUGUAGAUGUGCAAAUAUUUUUCCUCUUACCUCUUCUUUUUUCUCCAGGUGAGCUCAACCACGGCUCCAGUUUCUAACACCUCCCACCUGGUCAGGAAGAAG